UAUCUCCAUACGUCAGUCAGCAUGGCUCUGAGAAAGGCUCUGGACGUCGUUUUCUGCUGCUACUUUGUCUUCCAGAUUCCUUCCACCGUGUUGCUCGACACGCAGGCGCUGUUUCCCUCCUGGGUCUACCCGCAGUGGUUGCAAAACAUGCAGGUUUCCUACGUUGAAGGUUUCCGUGAUCCCUACAUGGCUGACCCGAGUUCUUUCCCUUGGUUCAUGGCCACGUGCGUGGUUGAGUUCUCCCUAGAAAUCCCCUUCUUUUUCAUUGCUGCUUAUGCGUAUUUCUACGGUGCGCAGCGUUGCCCCUGGAUACGGCUACCGUCGCUGAUGUACAGCGUCCACACUGCAACGUCAGUCCUCGCUGUCAACUUCACCACGUGGCUGCACGACUUUACUGUGUACAAGGUGCCAGGGCCACGUGACGCUACGGAGAGGAUAAGGCUGAUCUGCGUGUACGGCUUCUUCUUCGUUGUGUGUGUCCUCAACAUCUUCGACACCUGCUUGAGCUCGGCGUACCGCGGAGACAAGAUGAAGACGAUCUGAUGCACUGCCCCAAACACAACAAAGCGAUGCUGCGUCCAUCGGCAGGAUGUGCACAGCGUCGUUUUCCCCAACGCAUAUGAUUCUACAGAUAUGUCACAGAGUGAAAACAUUAUGUGUAGUGAGAUAUCUCACGGAAUGUCAGCUUCAUGUCCGCUUGAUGUAUAAUGAAACAUGUUAUGGGAUGUCUGCUUGAUGUAUAAUGAGACAUGUUACGGGAUGUCAGCUUGAUGUAUAAUGAGACAUGUUACGGGAUGUCCGCUUGAUGUAUAAUGAAACAUGUUAUGGGAUGUCUGCUUGAUGUAUAAUGAGACAUGUUACGGGAUGUCAGCUUGAUGUAUAAUGAGACAUGUUACGGGAUGUCUGCUUGAUGUAUAAUGAGACAUGUUACGGGAU